GGGUCCCACCCCCACACCUUUUUGUGUCUUUACACCACUUAUCAUUUGUCUCCUCCUUUCCUCUUCUUAAUCCACCAUUUCUUCAACACGCCCCUUUUCACAACUUAAGCCAUUGUUUGCUUUCUUCCUCUCUUUUCUUUUAAAUUUUUUCAAGAAAGUUGUUAACUUUGUGGUUUUGUAAGUUGCAUUUAGGUACUUUUUAGCUUUAUUUCUAGUGCUUGUGAUGAGGAUUAUCAAGAAGCUUUGGUGCUGUGAAUGGGUUGUGUUUUGUUGCUUAUUUCUUGCUGCUCUUGUUGCCUCCAAGAAUCAUGGUAAUCCUGCAAAUGACCUUGUUGACAUUAUCAACAAGAAUAGGACUGCUGUAAAGCUUUCUCAGCUAAGUAAUAAUCCUGGCCUUGGGUGCAUGGCUCUGCAAUAUGUAGAGCAAUGCAAAGGAAAUUGCAGCUCUAACAAUGCUUUAACUUGUCAGCCAUCUGAAGAUGACUUCACUGAAGUUUUUGCACCUAACUGUGGAGUCGAGCUUCCCACUUUUGGCAGUGUAUCUGGACGUAUUUUCGGGUGCCAACACAAAUAUCUUGAUCCAUCUGAAGCCUUCUUACAUGUGAUUGCUCAAAACAACAAAUCUGUGUCCCUUCUCAGAAAUAAAACGUUUACAGAAGUGGGAGUAGGCUUAGUCGGCGUCCACAAACAUAAAGGACCUUACUUUUGGUGUGUUCUGCUCAGCAAUAGUCAGAGAAACAGUACGUUUGUUCUUCAAGAUCUUGGCGAAGGAAUUAAGCAAAAGAAAGGAUGCUAUAGCGGAACUAGUACUCCAUGCAGCGAUGCACACGAUGUUGGUGUGUUUCCUAACUUAGUUACAGCCGCCUUAAUUUCUGUUUACUUUUUAGAAAUAUUUCUCUAAGUUAGUUAAUUUUAAGUGUCUUAUCACAUUCAUGUGAACUGCAUAUAUGAGAUUCUUCUCGGGGCUAUGUGAUUCUUCAGGUUGUUAUAUUUACUCUUUUGCUAAUUUGAAAUGGCAAAUCGUCAAAAUAAUUUAUAUCUCUA